GGGGAGAAAAAAAAAAGAAAGAGGGGGAGUGUUGACUCUGUCUCGGGCUUAGAGGAGGCUCACGCUACUGGAUCAUAGACGCCGAUGUGCAACAACUACUCUCAACUACUGCUGCCCCUGCUCCACCUGCGUGCCACUGCCUGACUGUCCUCUUUAACUUCUGCCAUGGCAUAGCCUCCUCUUCCAGCUCGCUUCUGAUCUACUGAGGAAACAGGCAUGCAUGGGCAUAACCAGGGAUCUAGGCUAUCACAUCCUUUACGUCAGUAAUUCACAGUCUGAGGAAACAUGGUGAGCAAGGAGGGUGGCAAAUGCAUGCUCACCAACUCAGAGUCUGACUCGGAGGCAGCGCCCGUGCCCUCCACUUCGCUGGCGCUGGAGGUAAAGUAUUCCCUGGAAGCCAAUCGACAGGUGAGGAAGAGAAACAAGGCCUUGCAAGUGCGUUUCAAGGACAUCUGCGAGGCGCAGAACGAGCAAAGAGAGGCGGAGUUGCAGGCAGCGGGGAAAAGUGGCAAACCAAUGUCAUACAAAGUGGCAUACCGCAAAUACAUGACUGUCCCUGCACGCAGAUCGAUUCCUAACGUCACAAGGAGCACAGGUGUUCAGACGUCACCCGACCUGAAGAAACGGUAUCAGACGUUUCCCUUCGAGCGCAAAAAAGGACAUACCUUUAAGCAUGUGGCGGCCGUGGAAACUUAUAAAGGUCAGAAUAACGGUUUUAUCAUGGAGGUGAAGCAGUCUAAGGCACCUGAGCAGGGUUUAGAUGAGGAGGAGGAGGGGGCCUGUGGGGGGAGCGGAGUCCUGAGGACCAGGGCUCUGCUCCAUACUAAUGAGUGCAUUGCCACAGUGGAGCAGCACACUGCACCUGAUGGCCUGUGCUCUGAUGCUCUGCUGCUCAGUUGCACUGCAGACACAGACUGCCUCGCAGACACACCGAGAGGAAGCGGACCUGGAGCACAGGCAGAGUACCAGCUCUGCAGCAUACCUUCCAAAGCCAGAACAGGAUUACAACACAGGGAGGCCGACACAGACCGCUCGGCCAAGAGGCAGCUGCUCAAUCUGGAGGAAGGCUCAUCCCGAACCCUGCCGGACAGGGCCUCCAAGGUUACGGGCCCCAUCGCCUGGAACUCCCUCACCCAGGUGGAGUGCCUGGACAGUCCGUCUGUACGGAGCAAGCGAAAGAAAGGCCUGCAGCUCAACGGGCUGUCGAGUGAGACGUUACCACGAUCCCGUGGAGGCUGUAAAACACAGGCACAGUGCCACACGGGGCAGUUAUCUGCCCGGCCUAUACGGGGCAUGGAGGAACCUCUGUCACCCUGCAUAGGCGGUGAGGCUGAUGGAACACCAACCGACCAAACGCAGGAAGCCUGUAAGCAAAUAGUGCCUAUGAAUCAGGACGGGGACGUUAAAGCACAGCUCCAGGCCAUGGAAAAUCUCAUCAGCUCCAGCCAAGAGACCAUCAAGGUGCUGCUGGGGGUCAUCCAGGAACUGGAAAAAGGAGAGGCCCACAGAGAAGGACUCUCCUAUCGAACCGGACAGGACACGGCCAACUGUGACACAUGCCGGAACAGCGCAUGCAUUAUUUACAGUGUUGAACUGGAUUUCAAACAACAGGAGGACAAGCUACAACCACUGAUGAAGAGGCUUUUCCCAACAGAGGACACCCACUUUCCCCCCCUGCCUUACCCUCAGGAGGCCUUCACCUCCACCCCAAAACGCAAGUCCAAAGCUGACUCCAAGAAACACGCUCGCUGGAAACUUUGGUUCCUGUGACAACAAAAAACCAUGUUCCCCUCCACCACCGUGCACAGGAUUUAAGUGUCCAUCCGAUCAUCCGCUUUUGUUUGGUUUAUUCAUCAACUUCUUUUAUAUCUAUUUGGAUGUAGACCUGGUAUUAAUGGAGACCUUGACUGGAUACCGAACCCUUUUCUGAGAUGACAGGAUGUUUAAUGAGACACGAGUGUGGAUCCCACGGAAAAUUCAAAAUGUCAUGCUUACCAAAAAUGGAUUCUGAGUUAUUUUGAACUAAUUUCUUCAAACAGGGUGUGAAAUUACACCAAGGAAACAUAUUUGGAGAUCGGCAAGGUGAGAAGAUGAAUUUGAUUUCCCGAUGUCUAUUUGCAUAUAUAUUUUUUCUUCUUCUAGCUGACGUCAACGGGGUUCUGUUCUGUAAUGGUUCUGUGCCCUUCACAUUUCCAUUCAUCAGUUGGGACUUUCUUCCCAGCCUCCAGGAGAGGUUGGCAGAUCAACCAUAAUGCUCUGAGGCCUCCAUAAACAGCAUAUCACUGUACUGCAAAGCACAAUUAGAACUGUUCAGGAUACAUUUUCUCCAGAAUAAUUAAAAAGACCUAUUUUGAGUAAUAACUCACAUAUGUAGAUUGUCUACUAACCAUGCAGAGCGAAGACUUUCAUAUCUAUAUAAAGAAGAGACCUAAAGGACAAAAUAUCAGAGAUGUUUAUUGGAAUUCUACAGUCAACUUUUUAUCCAUCGCUAAAAUGUCUCCUUGAAUCCACUGACUUUGAAGAAAAAAAACAAAACAAAACAAAAG